AUGAACGGCACCACGGAGCAACUGCCGAACGGGCACCACGUCCCCAAUCAAGAACAGCACGACGACACCGCCACGCCCACUGAGGCCGAGGUCCAGACGAUCGUCCAGAGCAUCAAAGACGCAUCCGCUGUGCCAGUUGCGCCUACGUCAUCGCGUUCACCAGAACCACAAUCACCUCGAGACCAGAGCAUUUCACAACCACCACAACCUGCAGAGUUCGACGUCGGCGAAUACUGGGAUCUUUCAAGCAUGGCGCCGUUGAAUCAAGUGUCACGGGCCGCCAUCGCGCGCCUGCGCGCAUACAAGCCCCCGCCGUUCCCGCUGUGGGACAAGCUGCCUCUCAGCCGGAGGGCGGCCGUGCUCAUCCUGCUGUACGCGGACCGCCAGGGUGACUUGCGCGUCGUGCUCACCAUGCGUGCGGCGAGCCUGAGGAGCUUCUCUGGCCACGCAGCCUUCCCAGGAGGCAAGGCAGAUAGCUUAGAAGAGACGCCCUACCAAAUAGCACGCCGCGAGGCCUGGGAGGAGAUCGGCCUCCCCAUCGACGACAGCAAGAUCCCCAAGCCCUUUCGCAUCGAGCACUUAUGCUGCCUCCCGCACAGCCUGGCCAAGACGGAGCUGGCGGUACGGCCGUGCGUGGCGCUGCUGCACUCUGGCGACGACGACGAGUCCGACCACCCCGCCGGCCCGCCGUCCCCGACCGUCGACGAGAGCCUGAUGCCGCGCCUGGAUGCCAAGGAGGUGGCGGCCGUGUUCUCGGGCCCGCUGCACAACUUCCUCCUUGCCUCGGACGAGGUGCUGCCCGGUGAGGGCGAGGACCGGCGGAGGAAGUUGCUGCCCAAGGGGAAGUGGUACGAGGGCCGGUGGGCCGAGUUCCACGAGGCGCCAUGGCGGGUGCACUACUUCUACGUGCCCGUCAACCACCAGCGCGUGACCAAGCCCCGGGUGCGCGAGGGGGGGCUGGCGGCCAUCGCGGAGCAGCUCGAGGAGGAGGAGGAGGAGGAGGACGCGGGCAGGUACAUGGUGUGGGGCAUGACCGGCCGGAUGCUGGUGGACGCGGCGCGGGUCGCGUAUGCGCGGGAGCCCGAGUUCGAGCACAACAAGCACUUUGGCGACGAGGCCAUCAUCGAGCGGCUGGCCGGCGCGGGCAGGCUCCAGGAGAAGAAGAGGCCGGCCGCAGUGGACCUUGCGCAGCAGGAGGCGAAGAAGGCCAAGGAGGGGAGUAAGAUGUGA